AUGUCGACCAACAACUACAUGAACAAUUCCACGUCCGAGAACUCAGCCUCCAAUAAGGAGCAGUUAUCUCCUCCCCAGCCCCCUCGACCCACCACCACUACUCAUUCCACUCAACCUCCCCAUCAACACCCUCAACUCUCCAAUCCACCUCCCUACCAAUCCACUCCCCAAACAUCUCAACCCAUCCAAGAAGACAAAUCCAGCCGCGCCGGCAUCAUCGGCGCCACGACCGGCGGCCUGACCGCACAUCUACUCGGCGGGGGUAUCCUGAGCACCAUCGGAGGCGCUAUGGCUGGUGCUGCGGGGGCGAAGAAGCUCAGCGAGUAUGCCCGAACUCUUUUCCCAGACUUGGAUCAGUGA